CUUUCUCUUCAUCUUUAAUUUUUCAAAUAUGCUAGAGAGUUACAAGCCUUUUUUGAACUGGAGUGGUGAAUCUUCUUGGAGGAGUACAUGUCUUGUGAUAAUAAUCGUGUGUAGCAGUUUGGCCUACAGUGUUUUGUCAUACAUGUACGUAAUAAAAAACAAUGCGGACAUCCAAGAUAGUCUGGUGCUUAUUGGUGAUGAGAACGCAAAAGGUGAAUCUACCACCAAAGUGUACAACACUACAACUGGAACUACCAUCAGAUCGAACAACUCUCCAACUGAAUCGAACAUUAAGGAAAAAAACACCCGAAGUGAAUCUACAAUCAAAGAACUAAAUCUAACUAAAUCUGCCAUCAAAGUCAACAAUACUCAGACCGAAUCUAUCAUUGAAAACAACAACAACACUCUAACUGAAUCCAGAUUCAAAGAGAAGAAUGCUACAACUGAAUCCACUAAAGAAUGCAACAACAUUCCAACGAAUGCUACCAUAAAAAAAAAAAAUACAUCAGACUACAUGACAGACAAACCAUCGAAGAGAAAACCAUCAAAGAGAAAUCCAUCAAGGAGAAAACCAUCAAAGAGAAAUCCAUCAAGGAGAAAACCAUCAAAGAGAAAUCCAUCAAGGAGAAAACCAUCAAAGAGAAAAACUACCAAAAAGAAAAUGACUGCGACUGAAUCUGCCUACAAAUCAAACAAUACUAUAACUGAAACUACCAUCAAAGCAAACAACUCUCCAUCAGAAUCUAUAAUCACAGAUAGCAACACUCCCAAUGGAUCUGCCAUCAAAUGCAACAACUCAACAAGUGAAUCUACUAUUAAAGACACUACAAAUAAAUCUGCUACUAAAGAGAACAACACGUUAUCUAGACCUCCUACUGAAGAGAACAGCAAUCAAUCCAUGGAAGUGAACAUCGUGCAGGCAGAUUAUACCAUAAGAUCCGGGUUCCAAAAGGUACUAUCAGAUGGAAAAUACAUUUCGAGUCGGAUUCCAAGCAGCCUGAAAGGAACCACUGAAGAUCCUGUUGUGCAAGAAAGCACCUGCCUCCCUGAGAUGAUCCUGGUAAAGGCUGGAGAUGUAGAGCAAAAUCCAGGUCCAUUCGAUAGGUCAGCAGACAUACAAGAAAAAGAACUGUUAAAACUGGCGCACGAUGUAUCUCCAUCAAAAUAUACUGAGUUGUGCAUUGAGCUUGGUGAAUCGUACUCUCAGAGCCAGGGUACUCUUGACAGACGUCUCAUGAAUUUCGCAGAUUCACUUAUGGAGAUCUUCUGUAAGUGGAAAAACAAACAGAGGGAUGGCACAGAUAGUCGUAAAUGCCUUGCUCAGGCGCUCUGUGAUGUUGACCUAGAGACACAGGGUGACAAAAUUUCCAGAGGUGGCUAUCUCCCGCAAGAAGCAGCUCCAACUGAUUCUCUCACAACUGAACAGGUUACCCGUUGUGCCGAUGACUUCAAAGAUUUCUACCGAAAACAGUUAUGCAAGAUCCAGACAGACCCACUUGACUUCAGCUUAGUUUUAGAAUUCGAUAGGAUUUACACUGACCUAGUUCUCCUCAGAAACGAACGGGGAGCGGCAAAGAAGACACCCUUAGAAUACAAGGAACUUCUCAAAAUGAAGAUACAUGGGGAAUUACCAAAACGUCUCAUGGUUGAAGGCGAAGGAGGAGCAGGUAAAACUACAUUUUGUUCCAAGAUGGCAUGGGACUGGACUAAUGAAGCUGAUGAAUUUAGAGAGUUUGACUGGGUUCUUGUUAUUCCACUGCGUGACAUCGAAGGAAACCAAACAGUAGGGGAUAUCGCAAAAACAUAUCUCUCAGAUAGUAACUCGGUUCAACCACACCAGAUCGACGCAUACAUUUUGGCUAAUCCCUUGAAGGUAUUCAUUAUAUUUGAUGGACUGGAUGAGUACGACGGUGAUCUAGUCAAACAAGAGAACGAUAUUGCUAAGAUAAUCAGGUCGGAAAAUUUCAAGGAAUGCAGGGUCCUUGUUACAACACGACCUUGGAAAGCAGACCAAAUCAAAUCAAAUUUCAUAUUCAUGAGAACAUAUGCUUUCAUUGCAGUGGCCGGAUUUGAUGAGAAACACAUUUCAAUUUACAUUGAAAAAUAUUUUUCGGAUGACCCUCAGGCAAGUAAAGAUUUGAUCAAACUCUUGGAAGGCAAUGAUGUAAUUAAAGAUAAUAUGGCCUACUUUCCAAUUUACAUUGCAAUGCUUUGUAUUUUAUGGCAGGAUUCUGAUAGCGAGAAACGAGAAAUAAUUCGCAGACUAAAGACAUUUUCUCAACUGUUCGAGGAAAUCAUUACAAUGCUGAAAGAGCACUACGUGUCCAAGUGCUCCACAGAGCUCAAUGAGGAAAUUGUUACCAAACAUUAUAAACAGCUCGGCUUGGCUUUCACAAAAAUUGGGGAAAUUGCAUUAUCUGGAGUUGUGGACAAGAAAUUGGGAAAGGCCAAAUGUGAUUUUAGCUCGUGUAAAGAAGCAAUGGAGACAUGUUGUAAAGUUGGAGUACUGAGUAGAGAAAAACAAUUAAUUCCUAAACGUGAUAGACAUAAAAGCAAGACACCUUCUGUGACCGAAAAUGUCUUCUUCCCUCACAAGUUAUUCCAGGAAUACCUUGCCGGUAUGUAUCUUGCCUCUCUUUUUGAGUCUGAUCACAAGCAGUAUGAAAAGGCGAUGAAUGAUGUGAUUCAGAGAGUAAAAGAGUUCCGCUACCUUCUAUACUUCACUGCAUGUCAAUCGAAGAAAGUCGCUUUUGAUGUCACUAAAAGGCUAAUUGAUAUUGGACAUUAUAAACAUAUUCUAGUUGAUGUCACCUUCGAAGCGUAUGAUGAAGACGCGGCAAAAGUGGUUGGAAAGCACCUCUUUGCAAAAGAAACGUCACUAGAAAUCGACGACGAGAUGUCGGCGCAUACUGUGUCUGGAUAUAUUUUCAUCAUGGAAAAGUUAACAAUGGAAACUCUGAUACUGAGUAGAAGAUCAUGUGGUCCGACGGUUUCCCGUGACCUAGCAGAUGUCAUCUGCUCAUCUACAGCGUUAACAGCAUUGAAAUUCAAUGGCACAGCACUCCAUGACGACUUCUAUGGCUUCCUGGAGGGUAAAGUCAAGACGUCAAAGGUUGAACGACUAUCACUUAUAUCGAUGGAAAUAUCUGAGGAGCAUGCAUCGCGUAAUCUGGCUAGAUUCUUGAAUAACCUCCCUAGACUGAAGGAUUUGACUCUCCAAGACAAUCGCUUUGAUGGGGGGUUUUACACAGAGCUAGCCUCUGGAGCCUGCUCUGUGGAGGUUGAACAACUAUCACUUAUAUCGAUGGAAAUAUCUGAGGAGUAUGCAUCACAUAAUCUGGCUAGAUUCUUGAAUAACCUCCCUAGACUGAAGGAUUUGACUCUCCAAGACAAUCGCUUUGAUGGGGGGUUUUACACAGAGCUAGCCUCUGGAGCCUGCUCUGUGGAGGUUGGAUUGUCAUGUCAUUCGAUACGUAAACUUCACCUAGAUCAUCAAAGCAACAACGACAUAUUGCAGUAUGGCAUCACUGUGGAUAGGUUGUUUCCAAUGUUGGAGCAUCUGUAUUUCGCUACUUUGCAAACAGUGUCCCCUAACAUUCUAGGAUCCUUUGCUCAUUCUGGGCUUAAAGAGUUGUCAUUCGCCGCAGAAAACAGACAUGGACUAACUAAAGAGGAUGAAGAAUGUCAUGUUCCCCUAAUCGGAGAUCCCUCCUCUCUCGAACAAGUUUUCCUGAACUCAUUUCCACUACUUACCAAUCUCACAUUCAACAACCUUGUGAUUGGAAACAAUCGUUGUGAAACAAUACUGGGCUCUCUCAAACAACAUCAACACCUCGAAAACUUAUGUGUCGUACGCUGUUACACUGAUGAGGAGCUCGACCCCAUCGCGUCAGCUAUCAACAAGGAAAAGGGGAUGCAGGUUAACAUUCAACAUGACCAGACCCAGAAACGUCUCGAAUGCAUGAAAAUGUCAUCAGGCUUAGUCGAUGCUCUGAGCCAUCGGACAUCCAUCCAGGAGUUGAUUUUGACGCAUGAAACAAUAUUCUCCAAUGCUUGGUGUUCAGAGGAAAACCAAAGAACGAUGAACUUGAAGAUUAAAUUCAACCACGAGCUUGUUUAA